AUGUCUGAUGUUAAUCAUAUAUUGUGGUGGAGCCCUACAGAAAGGAUUAAACAGCCUUGCCUUCAAAGCGAUCAGUUGGUUUCUCAGCAUCAUAACGGUUUUUAUUCACCUUUUAAACAACAUUAUUCUUAUAUAACUCAUGCACCGUACUCUGUCAACUUUAGUACGCCUAUGAUCUCUAAUGAAAUUUGUGAACCGGCAUCGAUUUACGAAUAUCGUUAUGAACCAUAUCCAUCUUUUGCUACACCUUUUAUUAAUCUAAGAUUGUUGAUCACUGAAACGUCAAAUGAUCUUUCAACAUAUGCAUCUUCUAUUGCGCAUUCGACAUUAGGACAACAACGGACAUCAGAUCAAUUUAUCGAAGGCUUUAUUGAUCUGAACUCAACAACAUUAUUGAAACAAAGUCAACUUGGAAUAAUUCCACCAGAGUCACAUCAAACAGUGUUUACUAGCUUAACAGAAAAUAUUACGCAAUUUACAUCAUCUCCAAUCAAAUCAGCGUACACUAGCAAUGAUAGCACAUCUAUGGAAGAAAGCAAACAAGGAGCCACACAUACUAAUGAAUUUGCAACGUUGGUUUCUAAUAUGUCAUCACAACGGCAUUCUACUAACUCGGAUAUCUAUAGUAAACCGCGUCGACAACGAAUUUUGGAAGAAGAAAAUCGACGAGAUGCUAGACGGAGAGAACGUAAUCGAUUAGCAGCUCGACGUCAUCGAAAUAAAAAACGUUACAAGAGCGAUCAACUCGAAAAUCAAGUUCAUGAAUUGAUGAUUGAAAAUGAACGGCUGAAAGGAUUGGAGGCAGAAGUAGAACGGUUGAAAGGAUUGCUUAAUAGUGUACAAAGUGAAAUAAACUAG